AUGCGCCAAUCAAACAACCAUUUCGAACAUCCUUUUACAUUCUCACGGGGCAAAAAACUACACAUUGUUGCCGCUGGAAUCUUGUUUAUAUUCAACGCUGCUUUUGGGUCAUCUCUGCCCUCAGGUGCAAAAGAUGAAAUCUCAGAAUACUUCAAUAUUCCCAGCGAGAGCACUCUACUUGUUUUGCCAACAUCUUUGUAUCUUGUCGGCUUUGCCAUUGGACCGCUCAUUUUUGGGCCGUUGAGUGAACAUGUCGGUCGCAAGCCCGUUCUUGUUGGAACAUUCUUCGGCUACUUAGUCUUCACGCUUGGCUGUGCACUCUCCCCUAAUUUUGCUGCGCUGCUUAUAUUUCGUCUACUCACCGGUCUCAACGCAGCUUCUCCUAAUGCAGUUCUCGGUGGACUCUAUGCCGACAUCCUUGAAAGUCCUCAAACUCGGGGAACUGCCAUGGCACUUUUCAUGGUAGUCACCGCAUUUGGACCCCAGAUGGCUCCGCUUGUCUCUGGAUUUAUCUCAACUGUAUCUUGGCGCUGGACGUUCUGGGUUGGCUUGAUUGCCGGUGGUGUUGGAUUCCCCUUCAUGGUGUUUAUCCCAGAGACCUAUGUUCCGGUGCUCAAAAAGCGAGCCUUGGAGAAACAACUCAAGGAAGAAAGUGACUCGGACGAUGAGGUAGCAAACAUCAUGAAUUCGCUUCCUAAAGGGGACGGAGUCUUGACCGUCUUCACGCGACCAUUUGUGAUGACUGUCCAAGAGCCCAUUCUUCUGUUCUCUUCCCUCUUCAUGGGUUUCACCUAUGCUGUGUUCUAUCUCUAUUUCCAGGCAUAUCCCCUUGUCUUCCAAGAUCUAUAUGGACUCUCUGCCGGUAUUGCAGGCCUUGCGUUUCUGCCAAUCUCUGUUGGUGCCGUCAUCGCUUUUACACUUUUCAUGUGCUAUGGCUUUUAUCAUACCAAGGCUCAGAGGGCAGGCAGGGCAUGGACCUCUGUCGAGGAGUAUCGACGACUUCCACUCGCCGCUAUCGGAGCACCACUAUUGCCAACGGCCAUGUUCUGGCUGGCCUGGACUGCGAAACUAUCGAUUCAUCCCAUCACGCCAAUCAUGUCUGGUCUCUUCUUUGGCCUGGGAUACAUCCUCAUAUUUAUGGCAAUGAUCAAUUACCUCACUGAUGCCUACAAGCAAUAUUCGGCAUCGGCUCAGGCAGCCGCCAGUACCAUCCGAUCCACUAUGGCUGUUUGCCUACCGUUGGCUACAAACCCCAUGUACAGCCAACUGGGAAUCAACUGGGCAACCUCAGUACUGGCUUUCAUCUCCUUGUCCCUCGCCAUCAUUCCGUUCAUUUUCAUCAGGUAUGGUGAGUGGAUUCGUGGUCGGAGCCCGUUCGCUCAGAGAGUUAUGAAGGGAGAGGUGGCUAUUGAUCGAGAUACGGAUGAGGAGAUAGUCUAA